AUGCCUAACUAGGGUUAUAUUCUUACAUCACUUCAUUUAAAUAAUUCAAAUAAUCAUAGCAAUCAAGCAGUAGAAGUUUUGUGUCAGAUCUUGCAAGAUAUUGCAAUUGGGGAAUGUGAAAAAAUAUUCAUUUUGAAAAACCCAUUAAUUUAGAUAACUCCAGACAUUAGGUCUUUGUGUAUAUUGAUGAUCACAAUUAAUCAUAUUUAUUUAUUUGAUUAUUCUAAGUUCCAUUUAUUAGGUGAAUUUAUUAACCCUUUCUCUCCGCCUUUGGAUUUAAUCCCAAUCAACAGAUUAUUAUCAUCGGAUUUAAUCUGCUUACACAACAACUAAUAUUCACAAAAAUAGAACCAUUUCCCAAAAACUAUUUCAUCGAAUUAGAGUCAAACUCUAAUUACAACUACAACCGUUAGAUGAGUUAUCAUCAAUAAAACUAUUAAAUCCAAACCUAUUGAAAAUGAAGAUUCUGAUGAAAUAAUUAAAACUAUUCAUAAUUAAGAUCUAUUUAGUAUUUUAUUAUUAAUUUAGAGUUCAACAUAAAUGCAAUGCAAAUUAACAUUUAAGAAUGGAAUAGGUUAAUAGAUUUAUUUAAGACAAGCAAUAAGUAAAAAUAGUCUAUGCAAUAAAUUAAUUAGCAAACCUUGCUUGUGGCUAGUGGUUCAAUUAGUAUUAUUUUAGAUGUUGCAAGAAAGGAUUCCAGAUUUGACUUAUUUUCUUUCAAAAAAGUCACCUCCUAAGUCUAAAUAAAAAUGUAAUGGAAAAAUAUUCAAGGGCUUUCCUGGCAGAUUGGCAUAGCUUUAUUUCAAGGAUUGUGAAUUUCAUUUGGUUUUGGUACUGAGAAAAAAACUUGCAGAAAAAAAUUGUUUAACUUCGUUUACGAGGAUUCAAAUGGCAUUGUUGAUUAUAAAGAACUUAUAGUAGGUUUAGAAGUGUUUAAAGAUGAUACCAUAGUGA